AUGAAUAAACGUGAACGAUAUACAAAAGAAAAUAUGCCAGAAGAUGUUGCAAUUUUAUAUGAAAGAUUUAUUGAUAAUAACUUUAUUAAUAAAUUCACUCAAUUUAUGGUUUUAGAUGAAGAAAAAGGAAAAAUCAGUUUUGAUGCAAGACGAUUUAAUAUGUUUAAAGGACUUUUUCGUAAUUAUGGUUCAGCAUUGGUUGAUAAUUUUAUUGAAAGAUUAUACAUACUUAUACAUGAAAAAACUAAAGAAAAACAAGAAGGUAGUCAUAGGGUUGCAGCUGAAAUUGUAGCAGCAAUGAUACGUGGAUCAAAAUAUUGGACAAUAGAAAUGCUUGAUGAUUUAUGGAAAAAAUUAACACCAUUUCUUAAUGAAGUUUGUUUAAAUCUUGGUCCAGAAACACUUUCUUAUUGGGGUUCAUGUUUUAAAUUAGGAUUAGAAGAUGAAGAUCCACGUCGAAUGUAUCGUCCUAUUGAAUAUCUUCGUUCAUUAACAAAUACACAUGCAUCAGGAAAUACGUUUCUUGAAACAUCACGUUGGUAUCUUCUUCAAACAAUAACUAAUUUUGAAUGGCGUGUACCAAGUAUUUGGUGUUUUAUUAAUGAACAAGCCAGAGAAUUACUUGAUCAUCCAUAUAAAGCUAUUCGAGAACGAAUUGCUAUCAUUUUAUCAUUGUCGUUGACUUUUGAUGUGACGUUACCCAAUGGUCAAGCAACACGUCAUCCAAAAGCUAAUCCAUUUAUUGAUAUGAUACGUGAACGAUUACAACAAGCAAUUGAAAUUUAUGAAAAAACACCAUUAGCUAAUGUAUCCGGUCAAGUUGUUGAAAUCGAUCCGAAAGCUCGUAAAGCUUUAAAUUUUAUUGAAACUGUGAUACAACUUCAUACGCAUUUAUUUAGUAAAUGUUUACAACCAAUAAAAGAUGCUAUCAUUCGCAUUUUUCCAUAUCUUUGUGAAUUAGAAAGUAUUGUUGCAAAUGAUGAUUUCAUUCGAAAAAGUUUAACAGUAAGUCGAAUGUGUGUAGCCAUGACAUAUCUACAUAAGCAUUAUAUGGAAGCUUUAAUUGAACAAUUAGAACAAAUUUGUUCAAGUCCAAAAUGGCAUGCACGUCGAGCUGCUAUUGAAUUUGUACAAAAUAUGAUCUUUUGUAAUUUAUUCAAUGCUCGACCUUAUGCACAACGAUUACGACAACUUGUUUUCAAAUGUUUAUUUGAUGAGCAAUUUGAAGUUCGAACAGUUGCAUCUGUUACUUUAUCAGGAUUUUAUCAAUGUGGAUAUAUUCAAAUUAAUAAUGAUGAUCUUAAAUAUUUCCGUGUAAUGAGUAAAACAAGUUAUUUUACAAAAGUUGAUGGAAAAAAAAUAACAUCAGCAGAAAAUAUUGUUAAAAGACAUGGAGGUGUUCUUGGUCUUUGUGCAAUUGUUUUAUCAAGUCCAUAUGAUAUUCCAAAUCAUGUACCUGAAGCAUUGAUGUUACUUUGUGAACAUUCACAUGAUCCUGAUCUAAUUCAAAAAUCAAUAAAGAAAGCUUUAUCUGAAUUUCGUCGAACUCAUCAUGAUUCAUGGCAUGAACAUCGUGAAAAAUUUACUGAAGAUCAACUUGUGAUAUUAGCUGAUAUGGAUAAAAAGAAAAAGAGACAACUAUUGCAAAACCGUGAAGAUUUAAUCGCUCAACUUUAUCAAGAAUGUUUAUCAGUAAAUGAAAUAAUAAAAUGGUCUCAAUUUGAACCAAUUUAUGAAAAAUUACAGAAAGUAAUUGAUAUAGAAAAAAAUCUUUUAAAAUCAAAUCCAAUAUGCGAUCGUGAAGAACAUUUACAUAGUUUUAUCGAUUGGUUACAUUCAAAUGGUGUUGAUACAUCUAAUUUUGAAAUUUGCUCUUUUGAAAAUUAUGGAUUUGGUUUAAAAGCAACAAAAAACCUUGCAUCUGACGAAUGUUUUCUUACUGUACCACGUUCAAUUAUUAUCACAACGGAUACAAUAAUGACUUCAUCAUCGUUUGGUUCAUUAAUAAUAAAAGAUCAAUUACUUCGUUCAAUGCCAAAUGUAGCUCUUGCAUUAUUUCUUCUUCAUGAACGAUCUCAAUCAAAAUGGCAACCAUAUAUUGAUAUUUUACCCAAUCAUUUUAAUACACCAUUGUAUUUUGAUUAUGAUCAACUUAAUAGAUUGAAACCAUCGGCUGCACUUUGUGAUGUUUUAACACAUAUACAACGAAUAGCUAGACAAUAUUGUUAUUUACAUAAUCUUCUUAAAGGUCAAUCAUCAUUAUCAAAACUUGCUGAAAAUUUUUCAUAUGAUGCUUAUAGGUGGGCUGUUAGUGUUGUUUCAACACGACAAAAUAAUAUAUUGAAUGAUCAUGGAGAAUCUCAAUUAUCAUUAAUACCAGUUAUGGAUUUUCUUAAUCAUGAAUAUGGUCAAGAAUGUAUUCAUUAUGAUAUGAAACUUCAACAAAUUGAAUGUAAAACAAUGAAAAAUGUUGAAAAAAAUGAACAAAUAUUUAUAUUUUAUGGAAAACGAACAAAUGCAGAAUAUUUAAUACAUAAUGGUUUUGUACCUAAUCAACCAAAUCCAUAUGAUACAUAUUUAUUAAAGCUAGUACUUUCAAAAACAGAUAAAGCUUAUGAAGAAAAAAGUCAACUUCUACAACGUUAUGGAUUAGAAACGUAA